AAGAGAGUGAGACGCUCGCGCUGCGUAACGGAGCCGGUGAGGAUGGCACGCGCACACUGACUGUCGGCAGGUUCAUGGAGUGCUUUUAAAGACAUUGUGUGCGUUUUCUGAAAACUGGAGCCCUUCAGCUGGAGCCCAAUUCCAGGCGCAACAACAAGAACCACAAAAAGUGUUUGAUGAUGAAAAGGAGAGCAACCAUGAGAACUGAAAUCAUCUCUUGUGUCUUUUAAACAGUGGUGAUCAUCGAGCUGUAAGGAUGGCUAAAACCUUCUACAGACUGCAGCGCUUUUUGAGACAGGCCCAGCUGCUGUUCCUGUUCCUGGGCGUGGCUUACAUCAUGGCAGGAAGUGUGCUGCUGCUCCAGCAUUCCAACGUGGCCUCGUUUCAAAAAGGAACAUAUCCGCCCUCGUCGUUACCCUCUGUACCGCUGUCCCCUAGAUCCCUGGAGGCGCCGAGUGUCAGCCGGCACCACAGGAGACCUGGAGCCACAGCCAUUCAGGAUGUGGAAAAUAAUCCGGAUCUGUCGGGGAGUAGAGCGGACCGCGAGCGCUUCGUAUCCCGGAACUUGAAGAUCAGGCAUCUAAGGAGACACUGGAUUCAAGGUCGGGGAACGGACCAAGAGAACUCGACCGAACGCAAUCCAUCAAACAAGGACACCAGACAUCAAGGAACAUACAUCGGGUGCUUCAUAAAUGACGACAAACAACGUGCGCUUGGAGGAACCGUGCUUUACGACUUCAGAAAAAUGACCAGCUCCUUGUGCCAAGACACCUGCUGGGAGAGUGGCUACCGGUUUGCGGGGCUGGAAUACGGGUCAGAGUGUCACUGUGGGAACCGGAUCAGCGCCCCUCAGGCCCGGAGUGAGGACUGCAACCUGAACUGCAGGGCUGAGAGAGACUCCCUGUGUGGAGGCGUGGCCAGGCUGUCAAUCUACAAAGUAGAGGCGGGGCUUCCUGGCGGCCACAGGAGAUACAGAAAUGUCCACCAUCACGGCUGCUUCCACAUCCCGAAGAACAUCAGCGCUGGUUUCCAGCUCCAUGCUGGCGAGCAGAACAUGACUUCACAGCUGUGCGUGGAGACGUGCACUGAUCAGGAGCUGCCACUGGCUGUACUGAGGGGGCGGGACUGUCUCUGUGGCCACACCUCCACUUUUCUCUUAAUGAGGAAGAAUGUUAAUGGGCAGCUGUGUGGGCGGAGCAAAGCUACAAACCACACCUCCGCAGCAGACUACAUACAGGUGUACAGCACACCAGUGCUAGAGUCUCGGUGUAGGGAGAGGACGUUUCUGCCCGAGAGCUCGUCCUCCCUCACCGCGUUAUCCAGUUUCCCUGGAGCGGGUAACACUUGGCUUCGGCAUCUCAUCGAGCUUGCGACGGGUUACUACACAGGCAGCUACUACUUUGAUGACUCUUUGUACAAUAAAGGCUUUAAGGGAGAGAAGGAUUACUGGCGAAGUGGCAGGACCAUCUGUGUAAAGACGCAUGAAAGCGGGCAGAGGGAAAUCAAGAAGUUCGAUUCUGCUAUCUUGUUAAUUCGGAACCCGUACCACUGUCUCGUGGCGGAGUUCAAUCGCAAGAAUGCUGGGCACCUGGGCUAUGCAGCAGACACACUCUGGAAGAGUAACGAGUGGCCCGAGUUUGUGGAGACAUACUCCUCAUGGUGGGCAUCUCACGCUCUGGCCUGGCUACAGUUCUCCAGACGUUUGCUGGUGGUGCAUUAUGAGCAGCUUCUCAAAGACCUUAUCCAUCAGCUCCGGCUCAUCACGGAAUUCCUAAAUGUCAGCGUUCCUGAGAAACGUCUCUUUUGUGCCGAGAGAAACCGAGACGGCCAUUUCAAACGAGCAGGAUCUCAACGUCUCACUUUCGACCCGUUCACAGAGGACAUGAGGACUCGUAUAGAUGGCUACGUACGUGAGGUGGACCGUGCUCUCAGGGACAAAAAUCUGAGUGGCCUGCCUCAGGAGUACACACUCCGAUGAUGAACGCUAGAGUGGUGGAGUUCUUUCCACAGGACAGAAUGGGGGGAAACAUUAACCAGAAAAGUGCCUGGGAGCUCAGACUUAAAUAACACAUCUUGUGGCCUUCUGGUGGUUGAUGCUCUUUUUACUUUGUGAUUAUGUUACUUGAAUAAACAGCAACUCAGUUUAU